AUGUCACAAGCCCUCUCAAAUGGCAAGGGAAACGCAAUCCCCGAGCAGGCCCAAGAUGGAUAUCCAAGAUUGUCGAAACGUAUAAUUAUCAUGUCUGCGGCUUAUCUGGCCAUGUUCCUCGUCACGUUGGACCAAAACAUUCUAGCUACAGCAACGCCUCGGAUUACCGAUGAAUUUCAUUCGCUCGACGAUUUGUCCUGGUAUAAUACGGCCUACAUCUUGACGAUGUGUUGCUUCCAGCUUCUCACAGGGAAGAUUUACAAGUACUAUCCGGUGAAGCCAAUCUUUCUGAUAUCCUGCGUCAUAUUCGAGAUCGGAUCUGUCGUCUGCGGUGCGGCUCCUGACUCACCAAGUUUCAUCGUGGGACGCGCGAUUGCUGGGUUAGGAUCUUCAGCGAUCUUCUCAGGGGUCAUGGUAAUACUGUUCAAUGUCGUUCCAUUGCAGGAGCGUCCUAUCUACCAGGGACUGUUCGGCGCUGUAUAUGGUUUUGCGUCGGUUGUGGGACCACUAAUCGGAGGAACCUUCACCGAUAAGGUUAGCUGGCGGUGGUGUUUCUAUAUCAAUCUUCCCGUGGGCGCAAUAUCCAUUAUUGUCACCUUCUUUUUUGUCGACCAGCGAGGGCAGAAGCUUGACUCUCCAGCUUCUAGCUUCGUAGGCAGAGUUCAACAGCUGGAUCCAAUUGGCACCAUCGUAGUUCUACCGGCCAUCGUCUGUCUAAUACUGGCCUUGCAAUGGGGUGGGGUCAAAUAUCCUUGGAAUGAUGCCCGCAUCAUUAUACUCUUCGUACUGAGCGUCGUCCUGUUUCUGGUGUUCAUUGGGAUCCAGAUCUGGAAACAGGAAGAUGCAACAUUACCACCACGAAUUGUCAAGCAACGGAGUAUAGCGGGUGCUACUUGGUUCGGAUUAUGCAACGGCGCUGCCGCACAGGUCAUAGUCUUCUACUUACCGUUGUGGUUCCAAGCGAUCAAGGGCGUAAGUGCCAUAAAGUCCGGAAUCAUGCUGCUUCCGACAAUGAUUGCAACAGUCCUUUGCUCGGUAGGGUCUGGGGUGAUUCUUACCAAAUUGAUUCCAUACAACAAUCCUUUCUUUUAUGCCAGCUCGCUACUUAUGCCCAUCGGAGCAGGUCUCCUAACAACACUAGAGCCCAGCACUGGUCCUGCUAAAUGGAUUGGCUACCAAGUGGUUCUCGGAAUUGGCCUCGGACUUGGCUUGCAGCAGGGCUUGGUUGUCGUACAAACUGUUCUCAGACGGGCGGACGUCGCGACCGGGACUGUAUUUGUCCUCUUCGUGCGCUUCCUUGGUACAGCCAUUUGCCUCCCAAUCGGACAAGCCAUCUUUCUGAAUAGCUUGGUCAAAAAUCUUACAGGAAUGCCUAGUAUUGAUCCAAGCGAAAUAGCUAAUACCGGGGCCACGAACAUAAGAGACAUGGUGUCGGGGAAGGAAUUGAGUCUUCUUCUUUUCGGCUAUAACGAUGCCCUCGUUAAUACAUUCUAUGUCGCCGUCGGACUCGGUUGCGCCUCUGUAAUCGGUACUGUCACAGUGGAAUGGCGAAGAUUAGGUCAGGAUCAGGGUGUUGAUGCCAGACAAGUAGAUCUGACAUGCGCUGUUACCUGUGAUGGCGUGUCCCAAUCUCGCAGUCCAGAGAGACGCAAAAGAUCGUAA